AUGAGCAACACAACCAUCAUUUCCAAAUGCGGAAAUCCUAUUCCACUUGGAAAGAAGAUGUUACGCCGCGUGAAGCAAAUCACUUUGCCGAAUGUCGGAAGAAAUGACAACACAAUAGCUCAUGUUAUGUCAACGAUAUCAAAGGACCCGAAAUCAUUCGAAAACCACAUGAUUGUCUUUUUGAAAGAUAAUCUUAAACUACACCAGAAAGCCAUGCCAAGGAGCCUCACCGACAUGUUAAAUGUGGCUUCAGUGAAUGGUUUUGGGUGCUUUCUCAAGCCCAGGGAGGGAAUCUCGAUGUAUCACGACACGGAAACCCUACAAAAGUUCAAUCUCACUUUGUACCGACCCGAAAAGACGAGCAAUGACAACUCAAACUUCAAAUCACCGUAUUCGAACAUGGGAGAAUGGCUUCAAACUACGCUUGGUGGUGGAUUGCGACUUCCAUCGCCCUUUACACCAGUUUGCUACGGUGGUACAUUUGCUGUCCAAGCAUCUCGAAUAGCUGCCAUUCCCUCCACAAUUUUUGACCAAAUCGAAUCUAGCUUGUCUCGAUCGGACAAUAUCGAAGAAGGGCAUUUCGCGGAACGAAUGUGGGCGGGACUGCUAUCUAUACCACCGACAGAAGGAGAAACUACGAUCAUGAGAAAACGACAUAAACGAAUCAAUUUCGAGCUUUCCAAGGACGGCGGAGGGCAAUUAGGGGCUUUGAUGAUAUGA